AUGCCAAGACGAUGCAACGCCCCUCCAGGCCACACCAGCACCUGCCCAUGCCAACCGAGCGGUUCAAAGAAGGACACCAAACCAGGACCACCUUUGGCCUUCAACACCUUUAAACAAUAUGUGGAGAAGCACUACAAGAGGGCCAUGGUCAAGACUGAUAUGUGCCCGAACUGUGUUGAGUGGGAGAAGCUAAUCGAUCGACCAGGGUAUAGUGAAGCCCUUGCUCAACACAAGCUACUUCAUGAAUCAAGAAGGGAAUCCUUUCGGGCUGCCAAGAGAGACUUGAAGGCUGGGGAGAUCCUCCUGGUAUGGGACUUCAAGGAGAAUAUCAACAUUAACCAGGCCCAGACAAUGACGUCCAAGAAGUUCUAUGAUGCAGUCACCAGAUCCUUUUUCUCCAUCGUCAUGAUCUAUAAUGUUGAUGGCAACAUCAUGAGGCACACUUUUAGUUUCCUGUCCAACAUAUUGGACAAGACACACAAACACGCGAUGAUAUGCUUGGAGCAUAUGUUCAAGUCCAAGGAGUUCUUUGAGUGCUUCGUUGAUCAGAGCAAGCACUCCACUUAUAUCCCCAUCAAGGCCACUCUUUCCAGAUGUGGCAUCGAACACCUAGACUUCUGGUCAGACAACGGACCUACCUUCAAGUGCUAUGAGCUGCUACAGGUGAUGGAGAACAAGUGCUUAGACCUGGUCACAAGGAUGCUCAAGGACUACUUCAGCUCGGAGGAGUCCAACGUUGAGUCACCCUCAUCCCUUCAGAUCAAACAUGUCAUUGACCGGAAGACCGAAGAGUUCAAGUCUCGGGUCGAGUCCACCAACCCCAACCAGUCAAAGAGGAGAUAUCACCAAACUCUCUUUGUUUACCCGAGAGCAGAUGUCGACAAUAGUGGCGUCGAGAUGGAGCAAGAUGGGCUCGAUCCCAAUGCAUUUAUAAAUCGUGACUCAUUCAAUCUCGAUCUACAGAAUGAGCCUGACAAGACCAAUAACCAAACGACUUGGGGAGGAUGCAACUUCUUCAUCUCAGAGGAGUACCGCUUCUUGUUCAAGAUCGAGAAUGGUGUUGUCAAACCCUCCUUCGUACCAUCCCAUCUGCUGCGUCAAGGCACAACGUCAACUGACAGUGAGACUGUUGUGGAGAGGAAAACUGUGCCCAAGCAACCAAAGGCGCUCAAGCCAACCAAGGUGGGUUCACGCUGA